AGUUUGUUGUUUCAUGGAGUGUGUAGGAAAGAAGGAAAAAGUAAAUUAUCAGUCUCAGAAUCUCGCGCAUUUUUCCCCGGAAAAGUGAUAAUGCCCGGACAAAGAGACGCACUGGGGCUUUACGAGAGUGCUUCAGCUGCCAAACAGGCAUUUGAGUUUAGUGAGUCACCUCUGUAGGACGUCCUGGACAAUGCAAAAAGCAACUUUCACCCAAACCUAGAAAAAAGAAAUAAAAACAACACGGCGAUAAUUUUUCCUCGUUUUCCCCACAAUUUGCGGCUUAUCGUGCUACGCGCUAAUUUUGGCCCCCGUCAGCACUCUUGGGCGUGUUUUUUGCGAGAUAAACAAGCCCUCUCCGCCUAUCGAGAUCAAUAAACCCGCAAAAAAACUUGCGAGUGAUAAUGCAAAGUGCUGCCUCAGUCGUGAGCUUUACUUCCUCCUCUGCUACAGCUGCCAUUCCCCUCCGGAGCUUUGUAGGCUUUCCCCGAGCUUCUGCGGCAACUAUGGUGUGAUUCUCAUUCACAUUGCUACAACCACAAAUCCACCAGAAAGCAUUUCUCAAAACAUCUUGGACAAGUUGUUCACACAUCUCUCUCUCUGGCAAUCCGGAAGCAAACGUGAGCCACCACUGAAAUGAAGAGCCCCUUAGAUCAGGUAGAGAGAUCCUUAUGUAAAGUGAGGCGCCCUUGAGAAACCUCCGUCUAAUUAUAAAGACAAAAAAAAGUGAAAGAAACAGCAAAGAUUUCACUCACGAACAAUUCUCCCGCAUGAUCGCGAUGCAGAAUGCAGCAGACAACGAGGACGGAAAUGCGUCCGGUGAAGUAUCACUACGCGGAUUCCUUCCUCUGCACCUACGUCGUCUCCGUGAUUGCGGCAAAUAUGGCUGAACUUGUGACAUACCCAUUGGAUCUCACGAAAACACGACUACAGAUUCAGGGGGAAGCGACGGCGGGAGGUGCACGAGCAAUAUCCAGCCCACAGUAUCGUGGAAUGCUGGCCACAGCCUUGGGCAUUGUCAAGGAGGAAGGAGCCUUGAAGUUGUGGCAGGGAGUCACGCCGGCUCUCUAUAGGCACGUCGUCUACAGUGGGGUACGUAUUGUCACGUAUGACACACUGAGGAAGAGCAUGAUGGGACACGGGGACACGAGCCUGCCGCUGCAUAAAUCCGCCCUGUGCGGGGUUACUGCAGGUGCUCUGGCGCAGUGGAUGGCUUCCCCGGCGGAUCUCGUGAAGGUUCAGUGCCAGAUGGAGGGCAAGAGGCGUCUUCAGGGGUUGGAGCCACGCGUUCACGGAGCUGCUCAUGCUUUCAGGGAAAUUGUAAAGCGUGGCGGUGUGAGGGGACUGUGGAAGGGCAGUGUCCCCAAUGUCCAGCGGGCAGCUCUCGUCAAUCUUGGCGAUCUCACGACCUACGAUACCGUCAAGAGGGCCAUUAUGCGUCGCACAGGCCUCCCAGACUGCCAUCUCGUCCACAUUGCCUCAUCCGUGUGUGCUGGUCUCGUGGCAGCCACAAUGGGUACCCCAGCGGAUGUCGUGAAGACGCGCAUUAUGAAUCAACCCAUCGACACCACUGGCCGUGGGCUUCUCUACAAGGGAAGCGUGGACUGCCUCGUCCAGACAGUCUCCAAGGAGGGCUUCUUUGCACUCUACAAGGGUUUCCUGCCCGUGUGGAUUCGCAUGGCUCCCUGGUCCCUCACAUUCUGGCUCUCAUUCGAGCAAAUUCGCUCAAUGCUCGGAAUUGGAGGCUACUAAAACGGAAACAGAGGGGCCCCAUCGAUCGACUAUUCGUUACCGAAAAGUUCCCUUAAUUUUUUUUUGUUCUUUUAAACAUUUUUUUUCUUAUUUUUAUUUACAAUCAAUAAGCAAACCAACUCAGGAGGACGCGUGUUUUGCUGCUAGGGCAGAUUUUUUUGUGGUUCAUAUCAAAUUCUCAGGAUGUUGUUGAGUUUCUUCAACUUAAUGAGGCAAUCAGUGAGAGAGAAUUUAGACGUUUUAUUUUAUUUUUUUUGCUUAGAUAUUGUUGUUUCAAAGAAAUCUUUAAGAAUUAUAUAAAACAUUUAUUUUUACAAUUAGUUUUUUUUAAUGUUUUUUUCGUAGGUUUUUUUUUUAAAUUGUGUGCUGAAUAAAUUAGGAUUUUAUUGGAAAGAAAAACAUAAACGUUUGUUAUUCAUUUUGCGUAGAUUUGGGAGUAAAUGACGUGAUUGGAUGGAAAUUUCUCAUGAAAAAUGGGUUGCUAGAUGAAAAGACGCCAUUUUGUUUUUUUUUUAAAUUGUUUUAGUUCUUUUAACUAAUUCUUUAGGUAAUUUUUAAUUAUAAUUAUCGGAAAAUCCGUUUCAUUUUAUCAGUCAAAAAUGCUCUAAAAAAAAGUUUCAAUAAUAUUUAGACAAAGCUGAAACAUUAAACAAUUAAACUUUUCUUGUGCUAAAGUUUUUUUUAAAUUGUUUUUAAAGCAUUUUUUAAGUCUUUCUUAAAAGAAAUAAAAGAAUCUUAAUUUUUCUCAAAAAUUCUCUAAAGAAAUCUAACAAAAAAACAAUAAACAAAAUGUGAGGUUAGUCAAACUAAAGAAGAAAGCGCAAAAAAAAACAAAAUGGCGUCUUUUUUUUAAAAAGGUCAAGAGAGCGAUUAUUAUUUCUAAAUUAGAUUUUUUUUGUAUUAUUAUUUAAUGGAACAUUGCUUUAAAAAAUGAUAAAAGUUAAAAAGUUAAACAAAAUGUUCUAAGAAGUUACGAAUCAUAAAAUAAUAUUUUUCUUUGACCUUCAAUUACAAAAUUCGCUCCAUUUGACGGUAAUUAGAAUAAAAUGGUUUUGAAUAUACCCUUUGAAAAAAAUUUUUUAAAAUUAAUUUCAAGUCAAUACAAUUUAGUUUCCAAAUUAAAUUAGUAACAGGCAGCUAAAUUAAUUUCCCUACUUACAGUGAUGGUCAUAAAAAUGAUAAUCUCUCUUUGAGACCACUAAAUCGUAGCUGUGAUUUUAUUGUAAUCAAAUAAAUCUGAAUCCCCAGACGUAGAUGAUUAGAAUAAGUAAAGUGAAGUUUUAUGACAUUUUUUUGUGGACUUGGAGUGCAUCUUAUUUUAAAUGCAGGGAGCAAAUUUAUAUUGUAGCCAUGUCUUUAAUUUUCUAAAUAAUAAAAUUUAGAAUUUAGUUACAAACUAAUAAAUAAAAUUCUACUAAAAGCUAAUUUUCUGUGUACACACUCUUGUAUAUAAUGUACGUAGUAGUGAGUAAAUAGGAGGUAGAUUGGCUUAGAAAGGUACAAUAAAAUACCGAGAGAUGAGAUCAAUGUAAAAUACAUAAAUUAGAAACAA